AUGAUGCCUAGCACAUUCAAAGAUAAAUCAUCUGAGGCCAAUGCUAUUCAACAAAGGUUAAGAGCCAAACUAGAACUGACUCGUUUUCUUCAAGAGACUAUGAUUCAAACCACUGGAGCUAGCAAAAAUAGUUCAGAUGCACCUUCGGUCGCUGAAUUCCAGGAGUUUAUUAAAAAGUUACAAAGGUCUGGGGAACAAGCUCAAGCCAAAGACAUCACCAGAUUUUCCAAACUUUUUGAGGAUCAAGUGACGCUGGAUUCACUGGAUAGUAAACAGCUUAGAAUGUUAUGCCAACUACUUUCUCUUCCAACUAUUGGUCCUAGAAAUUUGCUGAGGUUUCAGAUUUGGAUGCGUGUCAGACAACUGAAAGCUGAAGACAGACUGAUCGCAAAAGAAGGUGUCGAUCAGAUUCCGCCUUGGGAAUUGCAGAGCUUGUGUCAGGAACGAGGUAUGCGUUCAGUUGGCUUGCCCAAAGAACGAUUACAGUCACAACUUAGCGAAUGGCUAGAUUUACACCUAGAACAAAAUGUACCUAUCACCCUUUUGCUAUUUUCCCGUGCACUUCAUGUAUCUCAAGCUACGAUUGAUCAGAAUCCUUUGCAACAAGCUAUUGCUCAGUUGCCCGCUUCAGCUUCAUCAGAAGUGGUCGCUCGUGUCUUAGAAUCCACUCCUCAUAAUGAACUCGAUCCUGAGACCAAGAUAAAGGUAUUACGUGAAGAACAGGAUAACAUCAAGUCUGCACGAGAACAACGUAAACAAGAGUUGUCUGAGCAGGUCAAAACUUCAUCAACUGCUGCUGCAGCCGCCGCAGAAGUUCUAAACGAUCAAGCUCCUUUGUUAAGAGGCUUUAAAAAUGAAGAAUUGGACAAAGUUACACCAGUCUUGACUGACUCAGCUACUACUUUAUCUGAUGAAGCAGGUGAACGAUCUCAGAUUAGCAAACCUAUUCCAGAGGCAGUAACUGUUGGUACAGUGCAAAUAUUAACUGCUGCACAAUCAAAAGAUGGUGUACACACAAGCUGUUCAAGUGAUGUAGCUGAAAAACCGAAAAAACCAGCGGUUGAAGAGGUGACUGAGAUAACAGCUGGAGAUCUAGCUGAAAUUCAUUCAGCUAUUGCUAACUCUACACAUGAAUUGCAGGAUGAAACAAUACAUGGCUUAAAAGAGGAAGUUGCAGAAACAGCAAAAUUACAACAACAACAUCAUGCUGAAUUUAUGACUUCUGAACAAGUUCCAGACAAACGAAAAUCAAAAGCUGCAGUACAUUUAGAAUCUCGUGUAGAACGUUUAAUCAAAGAAAUGGAUACAAUGAUAGAAAACCUAGUUGAUAAACGUGAAAAACUGUUAGAAGAUAUUGAAGUUCGUGAAAGUCAUAUAAAAGAACCAACUGAAGAAAAGGAACAAUCUAAAAUUAUAGAUGAAAUCAAAGCAGUUCAUGAACGAGUAGUAGAUAUCAAUGAUUUAUUACAAUCAUUAAAACGUAUUCAAAAUGUUCAAGAUAAUACACGUUGGGAGAAAAUUUUAAAAGUUUUAGAUGAAGAUCAAGAUGGAAAAAUUGAAUUGAAACAUGUACUCUCUGUCAUUGAACUUUUGGGUAAAGAGAAUGUUAAGCUUUCCAGCAAAGAAAUUACCCGUGUUCUUGAAAUGAUUGAUAAUGAACAAAUGGCCAAUGCAAUCCUUUCCGAUGAGGUCAAAGUAGAUAAAAGCCGUUCACAUUUAUCAACAGAUAAUGCCACUCAGGUACCAUCUUCACAGCAGAAAAAAUGA